GGGGGCCGCUCGCUGGCCGGGGCGGGGCGGCUCGGACUCCGAGGGGAGCCUGCUGUUCUCCGCCCCCAUCCCACCCGCUUUGGGUGUCUCUGGAGGAGAGGGGGUGGCCGGGUUUAAUCCGUGCAGUAUUCCUGGAGACCUGGGGCGGGCCGAUCGGCUGUUUUCAACCCCCUUGGUGGGAGCUGUGUGAGCCCGCGUCGAUUUAAGCUGGGGGGGGCGGGGAUUUAAUUUCGAAUGAAGCUGUACUUCGAGGGAAGCCGCUCACGCAUGGGAUUCUCACCCGUGACCUAAAGGCCGCCGCCAGACGGGCGGACCUGCCUCGGGGCCGUCCCUGCUCGGCCAGUGCGGGCGCGCACCGUCCGGGGUGCUCCUGGGCGCUGCGGGGGCGCACGGCCGCCGGGACCUGCUCUCAGCCAGGCCGCCGGGUCUUGAGACCCCGGGAAGGGCAGGCCCCGCGCGCAGCCGACAUGUUGCCUGCGUUGGAGGAAGUGUGCGGGGCAGGUGGGAUGAGGGGCCAAAAUGGCCUCUGCACCUUGCGGCUGGGAGAGCAAGCCCAAGCCCCUCGUGUCCCAGGUGAAGCAGCUGAGCCGGAGGAGAGGCACGGCAUCCUCGGGCCGGCCUUGGGGCUGGCCGGGCAACCUUCCCACCUGGGAAAUGACCCAGGGCGGGUAGGAGGCAGCCUUCCAGAUUGGCUUAUCUUGGGAGCUACGGGGCAUUGCUCAUCCUGAAGCUCAGGUGACCACUGACAUCAGCCAUGUCAUCCAGGCCUUUUGAAAGUCCACCUCCUUAUAGACCUGAUGAAUUCAAACCCAAUCAUUAUGCACCAAGCAAUGACGUAUAUGGUGGAGAGAUGCACGUUCGACCAAUGCUGUCUCAGCCAGCGUAUUCUUUCUACCCGGAAGAUGAAAUUCUCCACUUCUACAAAUGGACCUCUCCUCCAGGAGUGAUUCGAAUUCUGUCUAUGCUUAUUAUCGUGAUGUGCAUUGCCAUUUUUGCCUGUGUUGCCUCCACUCUUGCCUGGGACAGAGGCUAUGGAACCUUAAUGGGAGGUGGUAUUGGCUACCCUUAUGGAGGAAGUGGCUUUGGUAGCUACGGAAGUGGAUAUGGCUAUGGUUAUGGCUACGGUUAUGGCUAUGGAGGAGGCUAUACAGAUCCAAGAGCUGCAAAGGGAUUCCUACUGGCCAUGGCUGCCUUUUGUUUCAUGGCUGCAUUGGUGAUAUUUGUUACCAGCGUUAUAAGAUCUGAAAUAUCUAGAACAAGAAGAUAUUAUUUGACUGUGAUAAUAGUGAGUGCUGUCCUGGCCAUUAUGGUGUUUAUUGCCACAAUUGUCUAUAUAAUUGGAGUCAACCCAACUGCCCAGGCAUCUGGGUCUCUCUACAGUUCACAAAUAUAUGCCCUCUGCAACCAGUUUUAUACACCUGCAGCUGCUGGAAUCUAUGUGGAUCAAUAUUUAUAUCACUACUGUGUGGUGGAUCCCCAGGAGGCCAUUGCCAUUGUGCUGGGGUUUAUGGUUAUUGUGGCUUUUGCUUUAAUAAUUUUCUUUGCCGUGAAAACUCGAAGAAAGAUGGACCGGUAUGACAAGUCAAAUAUUUUGUGGGACAAGGAACGUAUUUAUGAUGAGCAGCCCCCCAAUGUGGAAGAGUGGGUUAAAAACGUUUCUGCAGGCACACAAGACAUGCCUCCUCCCCUUUCUGAUUACGUGGAGAGAGCGGACAGCCCCGUGGCCUACUCUUCCAAUGGUAAAGUGAACGAGAAGCGACCAGAGUCUUCCUAUAAAUCAACACCGGUGCCUGAAGUGGCUCAGGAGCUGCCAGUGACUUCACCUGUGGAGGACUUCCGGCAGCCUCAUUACAGCAACAGUGGUAACUUGGAGACGCUUUCAAAAAGGGCUCCCUCGAAGGGCAGGGCAGGAAAGUCGAGGAGAUCAGAGCAAGACCACUAUGAAACAGACUACACGACGGGCGGCGAGUCCUGCGAUGAGCUGGAGGAGGACUGGAUCAGGGAAUAUCCACCUAUCACUUCAGAUCAACAAAGACAACUCUACAAGAGGAAUUUUGACACUGGCCUGCAGGAAUACAAGGGCUUACAAGCAGAGCUUGAUGAGAUCAAUAAAGAACUCUCUCGUCUGGAUAAAGAACUGGAUGACUAUAGAGAAGAGAGUGAAGAGUACAUGGCUGCUGCUGAUGAAUACAAUAGACUGAAACAAGUUAAGGGAUCUGCAGAUUACAAAAGUAAGAGGAAUUAUUGCAAGCAGUUGAAGAGCAAAUUGUCACACAUUAAGAAGAUGGUUGGAGAUUAUGAUCGACGGAAAACAUAGACAGCAGAUGCCACAUUGUUAGGUUAAGAAGUAUCUGACUGACAUCUCUGCAAUGUUAUCAGGAGUCAAAAUGACUUUGGACUCUAAUCUGGGAGGCCAAAUCUUUGUGAUCAUUACAGAGUUUUGGUAGUUUUAAUAUCAUCAGUAUUGAAGCAUUUUAUAAAUAGCUUUUGAUAAUCAACUGGGCUGAACACUCCAAGUAAGGAUUUUAUGCUUUAAACAUUGGUUCUUGUAUUAAGAACUUUUGUUUGAGGUUUUUAAACCUCUAAGGAAGGUCCUGGAGUACACUGUGCUGUGAACUUUCACACCCUAAGCAAUCAGGUCUUAAUACCUAAGUACGCUCAUUGGGUCUUGUAGGGGAUAGUUUAAUUCUCCCAGAAUUCUCCCUUCAGAUAACUGUUACUUAUAAUCAUUUAUUUUCAGAUAAGGAAACUGGGGCCCUGCAAUAAAGUCUCUGAAGUGAAACUGCUUGUUGCCUAGCUUGCAGUUUUGGUUAAGUCUGUUUUAUGACUCCAUUGAUAAAGUCCCUGGCCUUUUCCUAUUUUAGCUACUACGGAUACUGAGUCCUACCAGCCUCCCUAUUGAUUUUUUUCUGUGUAUAAAUGCUUAAGAGCUUUUUAUUUCAUGUUAUCCUGGUAAUAAAGAUCAUGUAAAAGUAACAAAUGUGUGAAAUUUGA